AUGGCCAGUACUGUCGGAAAGGCGGCCGUUGCUUGGGCUGCUGGCGAGCCUCUCUCCAUCGAGGACGUCGAGGUUGCGCCCCCCAAGGCCCACGAGGUCCGGAUUCAGGUCCUCCACACUGGUGUCUGCCAUACCGAUGCUUACACCCUGUCGGGUAAGGACCCCGAGGGUGCUUUCCCUGUCAUCCUCGGACACGAGGGUGCUGGUAUCGUUGAGUCGGUCGGAGAGGGUGUCACUUCGGUCAAGCCUGGCGAUUAUGUCAUUGCUCUUUAUACCCCCGAGUGCCGCGAGUGCAAGUUCUGCAAGUCCGGCAAGACGAACCUGUGCGGCAAGAUCCGUGCCACGCAGGGCAAGGGCGUGAUGCCGGAUGGAACCUCACGGUUCAAGGCCCGCGGCAAGGACCUGCUGCACUUCAUGGGCACCUCCACCUUCUCGCAAUACACCGUGGUCGCUGACAUUUCCGUCGUCGCGGUCACCCCCAAGAUCCCCACCGACCGGUCCUGCCUGCUGGGCUGCGGUAUCACCACCGGCUACGGUGCGGCCGUCGUCACCGCCAAGGUCGAGGAGGGCUCGAACGUGGCCAUCUUCGGCGCGGGCUGUGUCGGUCUGUCCGUCAUCCAGGGCUGCGUCAAGAACAAGGCGGGCAAGAUCAUUGCCGUGGACGUCAAUGACGCCAAGGAGGAGUGGGCGCGCAAGUUCGGCGCCACCGACUUCGUCAACCCCACCAAGCUCAACGGCAAGACCAUCCAGGAGCAGCUCAUCGAGAUGACCGAUGGCGGCUGCGACUACACCUUCGACUGCACGGGUAACGUCGGCGUCAUGCGCGCUGCCCUCGAGGCCUGCCACAAGGGCUGGGGUGAGAGCAUCGUCAUUGGUGUUGCUGCCGCUGGCCAGGAGAUCUCCACUCGCCCAUUCCAGCUGGUCACCGGCCGUGUGUGGAAGGGAUGCGCCUUCGGCGGUAUCAAGGGCCGCACUCAACUGCCCGACCUGGUCGACGAUUACCUCAACGGCAAGCUCAAGGUGGACGAGUUCAUCACCCACCGCGAGCCCCUGGACAAGAUCAACACUGCUUUCGAGCAGAUGAAGCAGGGCGACUGCAUCCGCUGCGUUGUCAACAUGUCGUAG